UGAAAAAUGCGCCAAUUAACAAUUUUGUUUUUGUUUAUUGUGCGGUCUUAUUGUUUGAACGAGGGUUUAAGGGGUGAAUCCGUGAUUUAUGGUGUUUCCUCUUUGGUUGAGGAUUUUGCGAAUUCUUCGAAAUGUUACCGGCAACUCUUCGAUUUGUAUGAAGCCAUAGAUGCUCGAAAAGUAUGGGGAUUAAAAGUACUGGAUUCCAGCGGGAAACCAAGUUCCGGUUUUCUUUAUGGCAAUAAUAUUUGGUUAGGAUCCGAUUUGCAAUGUUUAGAAAUCCCCCACAGAACUGGAAUGGAAGUUAAUUAUGACCGAGUUAUAAGACCUGAUCCAACUCCAGACGAUUAUCCUCCAUUUUCGUUGGCCUUCUCCGUUGCCCACAUCAAACACAACAGCACCCUCCAAAACCACGCUCAACUUCCCCUAGAAUUUAUUAUUCAGUUGGGUUUGUGUAUGCCAGAAUCUUGCAAUACUGACGAGAUUAUGGAAUUACUGAGGAUGUAUUUUAAUGGAAGUUAUUUGGAAUUACAGAAGAUGUAUAAUUUAGAUUUGGACGUUUACGAAGUUAAGAUUUUAAAUCGUGGACCUGCAACUAUAACUCUUCCAAAAACUAUAACUUUCCUGUCUGUAGUUUGCAUAAUAUUAGUGUUGGCAAUAACUGGUACGAUUUAUGACGUCAAAAGGCACAACAGGCAAAAAAUUUUAAUAAUAAACCUCAACAACGUAAUGAACAAACCAAAUAGCAAUAACAAUAACAAAUCCACUUCAGUUGAUUUAGUACCGGACAAAUCGAGUACUUUAGGGGAUAUCUUAAAAUGUUUUUCGGUUUACUCCAACACCAAGACAUUGAUGAGCACGACUCUACCUCCGGACUCUGUGAGUUGUAUCCAUGGAAUACGCCUCUUUGGAAUGUUAUGGGUCUGUUUGGUGCACGGCGUGUUCUUCGAAAGGGAUUACCUGGACAAUCCAGUCAUUGGAUACAAUCUUGCGGAGUCCUUGUUUGCGCAAAUUUUAAGCAAUUCCACCUACUGUGUCGACACCUUUUUACUCAUGAGUGGAUUUUUGACUGGUUAUUUGUUCUACAAGGCGCCAGUGAACAGAAUUCAAAAGAGACCGGUGAACAUUUUGACAAAACUAUCCAAUUUUAUCGAAAUGGUUGUGAGCAGAUUCUUAAGACUGACACCUCCGUAUUUGGUUACUCUUUUGUUCACUAACGUUUUAUUCACUUAUUACCAACAAUCGUCACCUUUGAUGUCGAGUGAAAGACCCGAUUUGACAUGCGAUCAGUACUGGUGGAGGAACGUUCUGUACAUCAACAAUCUUUUUCCCAGAUCUGAAAUGUGCAUGAGUUGGUCCUGGUAUUUAUCAUUGGACAUGCAAAUGUUUAUUAUUGUUGCUUUUCUUCUCGUUCUCUCCACAAUAUGUAUUUUUUCAACUACCCUUUUGGCAGUCAGUUUGGUAAUUGUAAAUAUUGUUUCUAUGACUUACAAAGCCUACACCAUCGCCUACAUUCCUACCUUAGAUGAACAAUUUAGAACUUUGGAUGAUAUUUAUGACUUACCUUGGCACAGAUGUGGCCCGUAUGUUGUGGGUUUUAUAACAUCGUACAUUUUAAUGGUCAAGUGGGAAAUGAAACUGACUUUAUCGAGAAAAACUCGUAUAGUUUUGUGGUGUCUGUUUCCAAUGUUAAAUCUUUGGAUCUUGUUCACUCUUUACACAAGACAAAUUUCAGUGGAGUUUUCAGCAAUUUAUAUGGGAGUUGCAAGGACCUUAUGGGGUGUAGGUAUAGCGUGGGUGCUUGUGGCUUGCUGUACCGGAAAUGCACCGGCUUUAGAAAAGUUUUUAUCGUUUAGAGGUUUUGUACCAUUAAGUAGAUUCACCUAUUGCUCCUACCUGUUGAAUCCUUUAGUCAGCCAUAUUAUUUAUUUGGGAUCGGGGACGACAUUUUCAGCUUCUUUGGCAGGAUUCGCUGUCACGGUUUGUGGGACAACAUUCAUAACACUUGUGUUUGGUUUUAUACUUUCGUUACUCGUUGAAUCACCAUUUAUACUGUUGACAAAACUACUAAAGGAAAAACUGUUAACAAAUCGCAAACCAAGAACCAAAGAGACGGCCUGAUACGAGAACUGAAGACUGUGAUUUUAUUUAAAACAUUAAUUUAUAGAUUAUUUGUUACAAAUAACUUAGCAGUUUUUUUACAUUUUUGCGAUAGGGGGUAACUGCGGUUAUAAAACAAACAAUGGAUUAUAUUUCUAAU